AUGAUCAAAUUGUGUUCGUCGCUUGUGGCACUGUUGCUAAUGCUGCUGCCAUCCGCAUCGUACGCGCAGCUGUCAUUCCACAACGAUCCGACACAGAACAGCUUCUCGAUCAAGCUGCCCGCCUUCCAGCAAUCGUUUACGCGUUACUUUGGCAAUCAACCGCAGGGUGCACUGUUGCAACAACAACAACCCCAACAACUACAGCAACAAACUCCAAGCACACUGACACAUCCCUCGCUCAUCGGUAGCCAGGCACAAGCUUAUCAGCAACAGCAGCAGCAGCAGCAGCAACAACCGCUGUACUAUCAGCAGACAGCAGUUCAACAACAACCUCAACCUGAGUCACUCAACCGCUACGUGGCGCAGUUCCCGGACCAGCCGCACUACACCGUCCAGGAGAACUAUAUUAACCCAAACAUUCGUUUACGCCUGCAACAGCAGCGGCUUCUUCAACAGCAGCAGCCACAGCAACAGUACCCGGCAUCUCAAACCAACAACUAUCAAGGCUUCACCGGCACGUUUGGUACACCAGCCCAAUCCAUUCCCACUGCACAGGAUGUGAGUGCUUACGCAACAGCCAAUCAGCAACAGCAGCCACAGUACGAGUACGUACAGCAGCCAACCGGUGCGGACGGCCAACAGGACCAGACUGUGCAGCCACAGUACCAACCGGCAGCGGGACAGUUCGGUGUGCGGGGACAUCAGCAGCAGACGGGUAGCGAGGGCAAAGUCUCCACGGGAGCUAAGCUGAUCGGUGUUGCCUACUCCCCGUCGAACGAGGUGUCGCAAGUGAAGUUCAGUAGCGCUGGACUGAAGUACAACUUCUAG